UUUUAUGUUUCGUUUGUUUUUUUUUAAACGCGUAUAAAUUUAUAUUGAAAUUCAAAAUGCAUCGAUCUUGUCUGUUUCUCAAAAGUUUAAACCCCGUCAACAUAUACAAAUCGGCAAGUGCGAUUUAUAUGACCUCUGUGGCAAAGAUAGCGCCAAGUGCCCUUAACCCAACAUGCACCACGGAGUUGGCCACUGAGGAGUCAAUCGUCCAGGCACUACAUGAAUCCAUAUCACCCAAUGCACAGAAGGUUGAGUAUCAGGCAGCUGAAAAUAAUCUGGACAAAGAACAGGAGCAGCAGUUGCAGUCGGAGCAGGAUGACGAUUUUGUGUAUGACGAAGAGGGGAACGUAAUAAUGUCUUCGAAGGAAAGCUGUAAUUGUGUAUCCUCCGAUAACCAGGAGGAGGAUUCUGAGGACAAUGAGGAAUAUUUAUAUGAUGAUGACGAAGAGGAGGAUUUAUUAAUGACUUCUACAGAUAGAUCUUUGCUUCUGCAAUCUAAUUAUGAAAAAAUCUAUAAACACUAUAAGGACACCCAACCAAAACCCAUUCCCAUUCAGCCUAAACCGCAUCUUACUACGUGUAUAACCUUUCAUGAUAAGUUGGUACUCGUGUUUUGUAUGAUUUCAUUAUGUAUCAGUGCUUAUGUGAUUAUAAAGGAUGCGAUAAUGAACCCAUUUUUUAAUCUAUGGUGAAAUGUGCUAUUUUCAAUCAAUCAAUCGGGUUGUCAAUCAUUUUGUUAUCUGUGCUAAGGAUUUUAAUUGUGAUUGCUAUCAAAUUUGAAAUUUACUUUCAUAAGUCUGUCAAUGAAUUGAUGCUCAAGUCUAUCAAUCAUGGGUCAAUCAAUCUGUAGUCCACUAAUGUGCCGAAAAUUAACAUUUUAAAUUUAUUAAA